CUUGCAAACACUCGCUCCAUUUAGAGCCGGAGCCCGUGCAGAGAGCAUCCUGCCCCUCGCGGCGCCCCGGGGAUGCCAGUGAGCAUGCUCCGCGCGCCGGGAGGAGGCCGGCCGUGCGCGUUCGAGUCAUUCCAGGCAUAGCCGGCGGGUCGGCGCGGCGGACUCGCAGCGGGCUGUGAGCGGCGCGAGCGCGGCUUUGUCCUGGGAGAUGGGCCGCGGGCUGCCCCUCCUCGCCCGGCUCUCCGCUGCAAGACACCCCCGUACGUUAGGCUUCUGAAAACGGUUUUUCUUUUUUUUUUAAAUGCUGGAUUGACGAUCCAGGACGCAUACCGUCUGCACACGAGCCCUCGAAGGGUUUUCUUUCUGCAAGUUCGAUUUGGUGUGCCUGUGUCUUUUUUUUUUUUUUUUUUUUAAGACUUUUACUGACUUUGUUUUGAUCCGAGGCCGGGCCUCCGUCUUCUGUGAAGUUUUUUUUAAAGAGGAGAGCCUGGAGCUCCUCAGCCAUAGUUGACUUUGGAAACUGUACUUUUUUUUUUUUCCGGGGGGCGCAAGCAAAGAGCUGGUUUUCUGUGCUAGCCCGAUCAAUGCUAUUUAUGAAGAUGGACCUGUUGAACUACCAGUACUUGGACAACAUGAACAACAAUAUCGGCAUUCUGUGCUACGAAGGUGAAGCUGCUCUCCGAGGGGAGCCCCGGCUGCAGACCCUCCCGGUGGCCUCGGCCCUCACCGCUCACCGCACGGGGCCCCCGCCCAUCAGUCCCAGCAAGAGGAAGUUCGGCGUGGACCCCGGUGACGACGACCUGGACUGUGACGCUGACCAUGCUUCCAAGAUGAGUCGCAUCUUCGCCCCCCACCUGAACAAGACGGCCAACGGGGACUGCCGGAAAGACCUCCGGGAGCGGAGCCGCAGCCCCAUCGAGCGGGCCGUGGCCCCCACCAUGAGCCUGCACGGUGGCCCCCUGUAUGCGUCCCUGCCCAGCCUGAGCAUGGAGCAGCCCCUCGCACUGACCAAGAACAGCCUGGACGCCGGCAGGCCGGCCGGCCUCUCGCCCACCCUGGCCCCGGUGGAGCGGCAGCAGAACCGGCCCUCGGUGAUCACGUGCGCCUCCGCCAGCGCCCGCAACUGCAACCUCUCACACUGCCCCGUGGCGCACAGCGGCUGCGCGGCCGGCCCGGCCAGCUACCGGCGGACCCCGAGCUCCACCUGCGACCCCGUGGUGGAGGAGCACUUCCGCCGGAGCCUGGGCAAGAACUACAAGGAGCCGGAGCCGGCCCCCAACUCCGUGUCCAUCACGGGCUCCGUGGACGACCACUUCGCCAAGGCCCUGGGCGACACGUGGCUCCAGAUCAAGGCGGCCAAGGACGGCGCGUCCGGCAGCCCCGAGUCGGCCUCGCGCCGGGGCCAGCCAGCCAGCCCCUCGGCCCACAUGGUCAGCCACAGCCACUCCCCGUCCGUGGUCUCCUGAAGGGAGUGCCGCCCUCCGACACCACGUCCAUCUGCAUGGUUUGCCUGAGCUUUGAACAGUCAGUGCUUAAAAAAAAUGGAAAAAUUGGAAAAAAAAAAAAAUGGUGGGAAGAGGGAGGGAUGGUUUAUUCGCAAAAACCACGUGGUGGGGCUUUCUGUUGUGUUUCGUACUUGCUUGGUCUUCGUCCUCGGGGCCCUCAGACAUGCUGGCGGCGCCGCGCGGGACACCUCUGUCCGCGGGCGCCCGCACGCCCGCCUCGGUUACCAAAGACGCCUGGACCAGGUCAGCGCCCCGCGAGGCCCGGUCGCCACGGCUCGCGCUUUCUCAGUCACAGGCCAGGCCACUGGCGACCCAGACGCUCUGUGCUUUUUCGUUCGCUUCUCGAGACCCGGGCGUGUGCGGCUCCGCUUCCAGCCUGCGUGUGUGCGUGUGUGUGCGUGCUUGUGUGCGUGCGUCUACUUGAAGAGAACAGGACUGUCGUGUCUGAUUUGCACUAUGGGAGGAGGACUCGAGUGGCCUGCCUGACAGCUUUGUGCGAGGCGCUGGUGCUCCGAGGGCAAACUGCUGAGAAACAGAGGGUUUCAGGAUGACAUGAGUGACCAUUUGUGUUUUUUUUUGUUUUGUUUUUAACUUAGACAAAACCGCUUUGGAAAGGGGAAGUCUCAUGCAGGUUAUAGGUCUUUCUCUGUCUAGAUUUCAGGUGCUUGCAACUGGACUGCAGACUCUUACCAAUCACGGGCAUUUUACCUUUUCUGAACACUGCAGUUUGUUAGGCUAGAGCUGAAGUUGGAGGAGCGUGUAGUGCUUUAAACAGUGAUGCAUGUUUUAAUGGAUAAAAAUAGCUGGUUUCUAUUAACUGUAUAGACAGUAAACAAAAAAUCCUUAAUACUUAACUAGCUUCUUCUCAGAAUGCGUUUUAUUUUUGUCAGUUACAGUCCUAGAUAUACUUACUGCUGGUACAGUUGUACUCGAAGAUUUGUAUUUGAUAUCCAUGUUACUCCCUGGCAGGCCCUGGACGCGGGCGGGCGAGUGGCUGGUCAGCCGCCGAGUAGGAUGCUGGAGCGGUGGCCGCAGGCUGAUAGCAUCGGCUAUUUUCUGCCUCCCUGCCUGCUCCCUCGCUCCCAGGGGAGUUGGGACUGGUGUCUCCCAGCUUCCCUCUCGAUGCAGAAACUGCUCUGCUCCCUUGGCGGGACAGCAGAUUCCCGACAAUCUGACGCGGUGUUUUUGUGUGCUUCCUCUCGUACGCUGGGGCCAAGGCAGUAUACAUUCCUCUGACUUUAUACAGUUAUUACUGCAUUUAUUAUCGUUUGCUAUAGUCAUAGCUACUAACUAGGAAUUAGGUGAAGAAGCAAGCAUGACAGACCCAGCUGUGGAUGUUCGACAGCUGCUUUUGUUUCCGGGCACCUUUUCUUGGGCCCCGCCCCUCCCGGCGCAGCCUCCCGGCCCCGCCCACCAGGGCUCUGGCGUGGCCCCUGGCCUGGCCUGGUCGCCAGUAGGAGAAAGAUACAGGUUUGCUGGUGACUUUUAGAGUUGGCACUGGGUGACCAGGCGGCGUUGGGCUCCUGGGGCUGCAGGUCUUUGAAGAGGCAGGAGGAAGGCGUCUCCCCCACCCCCCGCACGCAUUUCCCUCCCACUUCACUGGGCUUCCAGGCUUUUGCAUCCAGGCCCCUAUAUUUUCUGUAGGAAAAAAAAAAUCAUUGAGAACACUUUUUUUAUAUAGGUAACUUUAAGACCAUCAUUACGCUGUGCGUAAAGAAUGUACAGAGAAAUUUGUAGGUAUUUUUUGAAGAACAAUUAAUUUGUUAAUGAUAUGUAGCUAUUUAAUUUUUCCCUUUUCCUAUUGUAAUCAUUCAUUUUUUUUUUUUUUGGUUUGGAAAAAAAAGUUGAUCUUUUUUUUUUUUUCGUCGUAGAUUUGUCUGUAAAAGUGCAGGAACACAGUUAUUCUAUGAGAACACUGCAUCUGCCUUAAUAGCCACUAGUUUGUUAUUGCUACAGGCUACUGAGCGUCGCCCAGGAAAACGACCCACUGCCGGCGGCUCUGUGCAGAACGGGCUCCGCGGGCGCCCGCCAGCGAGGCCAUCACUGGGGAGGGGGGAGGGAGUGCCGAGGGCCAGGUCCCUGCGCGCUGACCGACCUGGGCGGAGGGGCCCCGGGCAGAAAACCAAGCGGCAUGGGGAAGAGGGACACGCCCUGGCCUCAGGGGCACAGAGGGGUUCUCCACAGAGCCAGGCCAUCCGCAGUGCGUUCAGACCAUUCUCUCCGUGUUUGUAAAUCUGUAAUAUACCAUUCUCUGUGGCCUGUUUUUCCUGGAAGAAGAAGAAAAAAAAAAGGUUUGGCAGGCCAUCUUUUUUUUGUACUUAAAAGUAGCCUUAAGAACAAUAAUAAAGUGCUCUUAAACCACGAA